ACCCACUGAAGUCACCUGGGGGACAAUGCUGAAUGUUCCACCCCAGAGUCUUGGCCUCUAGGAGGCAGGGACAGCAGGCCCGGCCAGCCCAGAGGACUCUCUGUCCACAGUGUAAAUGAGGACAUUUAAUGAGGGCAGCUGGCCCAUGUCCCGCAGGGAUGUAGAGGGCAGCCUCAGAGGCACUGGGCGCUCCCGGCACCAUGGAUGACGCUGCCGUCCUCAAACGACGAGGCUACAUCAUGGGGAUAAAUUUGGGAGAGGGCUCGUACGCAAAAGUCAAAUCCGCUUACUCUGAGCGCCUGAAGUUCAACGUGGCGGUUAAGAUCAUCGACCGCAAGAAAGCCCCCACGGACUUCUUGGAGAAAUUCCUUCCCCGGGAAAUUGAGAUUCUGGCCAUGCUAAACCACCGCUCCAUUGUCAAGACCUAUGAGAUCUUCGAGACAUCAGAUGGCAAGGUCUACAUUGUCAUGGAGCUUGGGGUCCAGGGUGACCUCCUGGAGUUCAUCAAAACCCGGGGAGCCCUGCAUGAGGACGAUGCUCGCAAGAAGUUCCACCAGCUCUCCUCAGCCAUCAAGUACUGCCACGACCUGGACGUCGUCCACCGAGAUCUCAAGUGUGAGAACCUUCUCCUCGACAAGGACUUCAACAUCAAGCUGUCUGACUUCGGCUUCUCCAAGCGCUGCCUGCGGGACGACAGCGGCCGCAUCAUCCUCAGCAAGACCUUCUGUGGGUCAGCGGCGUAUGCGGCCCCCGAGGUGCUACAGGGCAUCCCCUACCAGCCCAAGGUGUAUGACAUCUGGAGCCUGGGCGUGAUCCUCUACAUCAUGGUCUGUGGCUCCAUGCCCUACGAUGACUCCAACAUCAAGAAGAUGCUGCGCAUCCAGAAGGAGCACCGUGUCAACUUCCCCCGCUCCAAGCACCUGACUGGUGAGUGCAAGGACCUCAUCUACCGCAUGCUACAGCCGGACGUCAACCGGCGCCUGCACAUCGACGAGAUCCUCAGCCACUGUUGGGUGCAGCCCAAGGUGCGGGGCCUGUCCUCUGCAGCCAUCCACAAGGAAGGGGAGAGCUCCCGGGGUGCUGAGCCCUCACGGACCCCUGAGACCCCUGACAAAAAGUCUGCCACCAAGCUGGAGCCCCGGGAGGAGGCAGGGCCCGAGACACAGUCCGAGCCAAAACCCAACGAGGAGGAGACUUUGCAAGUGCCAGUGUCAAGGCAAUCAGACACCAUGGACCUUAACGGAGAGCUGCCCGGCAGAGUGAUAGAGGAAGAGGCCCUCCCACAACCCUGACAGACACACACCUAGCGAGCCUCUCUUGGCCCAGGGGGCCAGCUGGGAAUGAAGCAGAGUUCAUGGCUUUAAGCCUGAGCUCCAGAGAAAUCAAGGGACAAAGCAGAGAAGGAAGAUUGUCCUGGAUGAGCCACUAUUUUCGUCAGUUUCUUCUCCCCCUCUUUGAACUUGGUAACCCACAUGGCUAAAGGAGCAAUAAAUCACUAUAUUAGUGCAGACCCCAAGAUGAAUGUCUUUUCCCUAGCUGACUGUGGUCAUCCAGGGAGAGGAUCCUGCACUCCCCGCGUUCCCCAAACCCGGCCCCCUACUCUCAGAUCGGAUGGCACCUCAUUUCACCUCUAGUUUGGG